AUGAACAGACGACCAACUUCACCACCUGCGCAACAAUCGCCAGAAGCAUCUGUACAAGAUGAGGUACUAUUGCCACUCCCAACACCAGCACCAACACCGUGUCGCAUUCUAGGAGAGUCAUUGGCGUCAUUAGUUGGAGCUUCCUUGACUGUGGUGGGCGACAGUGUAUAUGUGUUUGGAGGAUUUGACCGGUUUACAGACGAAGUAUUCAAGUCAUUGUAUCGAUUGGAGCGUCAUGCAGGACAAUCGCGCUGGACAAGAAUAAUAUACACCAAGGGAGCAGCGCCAUCUGAGCUUAGUGGUCACUCUGUUACAUUAUGGAACGAUACUAAAUUGGUAGUAUUUGGAGGAAGUUCAGAAGAAGACAACACGUUCUUCAAUCAAAUAGCUAUUCUUGACCUAUCUACAAUGGUAUGGUCUCAUCCUACAACUACAGGCCAUAUACCAGAAGGACGAGUAAAUCAUUCCGCAACAAUUUAUCAAAACAAGCUUUAUAUAGCAGGUGGAAAUACAGCCAACCCUUCUAGUUUUGCUGAUACAUUGCUUAUACUUGACCUUGAGACAUUGGAAUGGCAACCACCUGUCAGUUUCGUAAAGCGACAACAACAUGCAACAUUUGUCUACGACCAUCGCCUUUAUCUCUAUGGGGGAUUCAGAGAGGAUAUGGGCCGAUCUAACCACCUUUCCUUUAUCAACCUUGACACUUAUGCUAUUACACAUCUCGAUUUCGAAUCUGCAUCUGCGCCUCCUCUUACAGGCCAACGAUUUGGGCAAAUAUGUGGCGAUCAGUUGGUCGUAGUUGUAGUAACAGCCCCCUCCACUGCUGCCACUGUACGGGCCACCCGUGAGACUCAUCAACCUCAAAUUCAUGCUACAGGAGUAUGGACAUUGGAUUUAACAUCUAUGCAAUGGCAGCAAAGGGAAAUGGGAUCACGUUACGGUGUGUGUAAUUGGCACUGUUUUGCUAUGGGUGAGAACGACACUGCGUUUUAUCUGUUUGGAACAGAAGAAGACGAACCCUACGACUACUAUGCUAUGGCUCUUCGAGUGGAUUUGCAAGAACUAGGUAUUGUAGUUGUACCUCCUCCUCAACUUGGACAUGAUCUUGUCAAUCUAUUGGCUUCACACACUGGUGAUUUUUCAAUAAGUUCAAGCCUUAAUGAUGAAAAGGGAGAAGUACGUGUCCAUCGGCUGGUCCUCAUGGCACGUUGGCCUCAUUUUGCUGCGUUAUUACAAUCUGGAAUGGAAGAAACAGUCCAAUCUACACUAAUGAUGCCAUACGGUUUGGAGUCCCUGCAAGCCCUUGUCAUCUACCUCUACUCUGAUUCGAUUGACCAAAUACGUCAACGGGGUGUGAUUGCUGAUCUACUCGUCAUGGCUCAGGUUUAUGAGUUGCCACGAUUAAGUACAUUGUGUAUCCGAAGAUUGCAUCAUCCAAUGACGAUUGAUAGUGUAAGCAAGGUGUAUCACUGUGCAGGACUUGCUGGUCAGCCAGGACUGCAACACUCUGCUCUAGCAUAUAUGUUUCAGCACUUUGGUGCAGUAUCACAUACUCAUGCUUUUAGGAGUCUCCCGCGUGAGGUUCUAUUUCAAAUCUGGGAUGCAAUGCCUGACAAUGCAACUAUUGUUGGCUAUACAAGUCGCAGUCCUUCUGUAGAACAAGAUGCAGGGCGACAAUCCGAUAGUGAGAUGAGUGGUGUGGAUUCCUGA